GUAAAGCCUAUAAUGCAAAAACAUAAUUGGAAAGUAGGGGUUUUAGAAGAAGUUUUUCCUGGAGAUCAGAGGCUACUUGGAAUAAAUAUAAAUCGUGGCGAAAAAAUAUGUAUACGAUUACGUCCUCAUUAUGACGAAAGUCGAUUUAUCGAUUUCAAUAAUCUCAUCGGGACACUGUUGCAUGAGUUAACGCAUAACAAAUAUGGACCACACGAUGCAGCGUUCUACAAACAACUUGAUGAACUACAUGACGAAUACGAUGAAUUACUCGUCAACGGCCAAGCCGGUGAGGGAUUUUAUGGAAAUGGCUAUAAAGUUGGCCAAGGAGUAUCACACAAUGACACACCAGCCAUGGCCAGACAAAAAGCAUUGAAAGCCGCAGAGUUGAGGAAAAUAAUGACACAUGGUGGUAUAAAAUUAGGUGGAGUUGGUUGGGAACAUCAUGGUGUUCCAAUGAGAGAAUUAACUGCUGUUGCGGCUGAAAGGAGAAAAAAUGACAUGGUUUGGUGUGGUAGUGAACGAAUUGGUAAUAGCAAUGAUGAAAGUAAUAGCGGUAAUAAUGUCGCAAAAAUACCAUACAGUGGAAGUUCAUCUGCAGUUCGGAUUCCGGCUGAUAAAAUUCCUGGAAUAAACAACACGUCAUGGAGUUGUCCAAAAUGCACAUUUAAAAAUAAGCCAUUGGCGUUACAAUGUGAGAUUUGUUUGAACAUAAAGCCAGAUACGAAUCAACAAUCACAGGAUUUCUUACCUAUUGAUUUUUUAACUCCACAGUGGGAUUGUCCAAGAUGUACAUAUAAAAACGAAG